AAAAAACGGAGAGUAAGAAAACUUAGGCAAAACGACUACUUUGAAUUUUCCUUAACGAAUGCACCACACCAGUUCAAAAUCUGAGCUCAUAUUUUUUUUAUAUGGAUAGUGAGUAUCGUUAUUUAACUACACGUUAAGUUUUACCUAAUGCUUAAAAAUCAGUGAUUCGAUCAGUCUUAUGGUAUUGGCAAGAAGUGGCGGAUUUUGACAGUCUGUCCAUGCCAAUGAAGAAUCGACCAUGCUUUCUUUGCUGGACAAGAGAGUCCCUUGCCAGUUAGAACUCCGCUUAACACAUGAUGCACCUCCAGCUUUACUUAAUCUAUGGGACAGCUGAUAGUGGAAAAGACAUCUGACUACCCUUCCACUGAGUAUUCUCUGGUGGAGGAUGUUGCUCUCCACUUCACGUGUUUGAUGGACAGGCUCAAUGAGCAGCGGCUGUUUCAACCAGAUCUCUGUGAUGUAGACAUUGUCCUGGUUCGGCAGAAGAACACCUUUCCUGCUCACAAGGGAGUCCUUGCAGCCUACAGCCAGUUUUUUCACUCACUCUUUACACAAAACAAGCAGCUGCAAAGAGUGGAGCUCUCCCUGGAGGCUCUCACUUCUCAAGGUCUCCAGCAGAUACUCAACUUCAUCUAUACUUCCAAACUGCUGGUGAACGCCUGCAAUGUGCAGGAUGUGCUGAAUGCUGCCGCAGUCUUUCAGAUGAGUAAUAUCGCCAGUUCCUGUCAGGAGCUCAUCAGCAGUCACUCUUUGAACCUAAACAUCGCAGGCGAUAUGUCCAAACAGGAUAACCGUAGCAAUACUGUUCCAUCCCAGUUUUAUCGGGAGAUCAAGCAGGAAGUUGAUCCAACUCACACAAAGAUCUAUGCUCGAGAGGGUAACAAUCCGUAUUCAGUUCGGGUUGAGGACAACACAAUCAAGCAGCACCGUGCUAAUCUUCAGACAAAGCAGUAUUUUAAGAACGAGGAAAGUGCUGGACGGGGAGUGUGCAAGAUUGAGGGAGAUGUGGAGGAAUCAGAGGACUCGGACGGCCAUGCCUCCUUCAACCGGGAGCAGAUCAUUGUGGAGGUCAACCUCAACAACCAAACAUUGAAUGUUUCCAAAGGAAUGGAGGGGAAGCCUUCCUCUACUGAGGCUACAGCAGUGUUUGGGAGGUGCCAUGGUGAAGAACAGGAAACUGAUGAGGAGGAGGAAGAAGAGGAAGAGGACGAAGACGAUAAUGAGGAAGACGAGGAUGCAGAUGUUGGAGAAGAUGAUGAAGAAGAUCAAAGUGAAGAAGAUGACGUGGGGGAUACUAGCGAGGAGAACGACGAUGAAGAAGAAGAAAACAAUGACAUUCCGGAAGUGAAGAAGGAAAAAGCAGAAAGGCUCCAAAGGAGGACCAAAGUUUCUGAAGAGGCAGAGGCCACGGUGUCCACCGGACAAACUCACAGCACUUCAAAGAGGAUAGAGAAACGGAGAGGGCGUAAGAGUAAGAAGGACCAAGAAAGCAUGGGUCAAAAGGUGAAACUAGAGGAGAAGCAGAACUUUCCCUGCAAGAAGUGCCCUCGUGUUUUCAAUAAUCGCUGGUACUUGGAAAAACACAUGAAUGUAACACACAACAGGAUGCAGAUCUGUGACAAAUGUGGAAAGAGAUUUCUUCUGGAAAGUGAGCUCUUGCUGCACCAUCAAACAGACUGUGAGAAGAACAUUCAGUGUGUUACCUGUGGGAAAGGUUUUAAGAAACUAUGGUCCCUCCAUGAACAUAAUAAAAUUGUGCAUGGAUAUGCAGAAAAGAAAUUCUCCUGUGAAAUUUGUGAAAAGAAGUUCUACACCAUGGCUCACGUCAGAAAGCACAUGGUUGCUCACACGAAGGAUAUGCCAUUCACAUGUGAGACUUGUGGGAAAUCCUUCAAACGCAGCAUGUCCCUCAAGGUGCAUUCUCUCCAGCACUCAGGGGAAAAGCCUUUUAAAUGUGAGAACUGCAGUGAGCGUUUUCAAUACAAGUACCAGCUGCGCUCACACAUGAGUAUACAUAUAGGACACAAGCAGUUCAUGUGCCAAUGGUGUGGGAAAGACUUCAACAUGAAGCAGUACUUUGAUGAACACAUGAAAACACACACUGGAGAGAAGCCGUAUAUCUGUGAGAUCUGUGGGAAGAGUUUCACCAGUCGGCCCAACAUGAAACGCCACCGGCGCACCCACACUGGCGAGAAACCUUACCCCUGUGACGUGUGUGGCCAGCGUUUCCGCUUCUCCAACAUGCUCAAGGCUCACAAGGAGAAGUGUUUUCGGGUCAACAAUCCCAUGACUUCUGAUGCCAACCCACUCGGCCUCAACCCCUCUUCACCGGGCAGCAACUCAGAUGUGCUCGCCAACCAAGCAAACGCAGCAGGAGCCAUAGUUAGCCCACCCCAUGCUAUGUCCCUCCCUCUUCCCUUGCUCCAUUCCAUGGGAACACUCCCACCACCUCCUCACCUACCCCCUCCACCGCCAUUGUUUCCUGCUGGGAGGAUAAACUCCAGCAACAAUUAAGAGCAGUUAAUCCUUUUUUUUUCUCAAACCCACAGAUCAGACAGUCCAAAUUGCCUACAGUACCUGUAGUGGGUUCUUAGUCAUUACCUCAGUUGGGAUAAACUCCAUAUCACAGUGUGUCAACUGUAGGGAACUUACAAUUUGCAUUAAAACUCAUAACCAUUGAUAUUAAUAUUUUAUUCUUUGCAACUUAUAUUUCAGAGGCAAACUAUCAGUAUUAGGCAUUAAACUGUGUAUCUAUAAAGAGAUGCAUAAUUAAAUAAUGCAUAAUUUACUCAUACAGCCAGGUGUAUGAGAGUUUAAGUCUUUUUACCAAAUCCCACAAACUGUAUCCUACAGUAACAACCCAGUGGAAAUGUCAGUACUUGGGUUUUUUUUUUUCAUGCACACAGUUAUCUUUCUCUUCCAUUGCCACUUGUUGCUUUUCAGCUCCAUGAACUGCCAAUCCAUGCCAUAGAUAUGUACAGCUCUUCUUUAAGAUUUGCACCGCUCUCCAAAUUACCAAGCUCAUGCUAAAUCUUUAUAAGGAAAUUGGUAUGAAAUGUGUAUCUGUCAUACACUCCAAAAAGUGAAAAUCGUGUGGUGCCACCUCAAGAGGCUCAGGACAUACUGAAUGGAAGUAAUGCCUGCUGAAGAUGUUAUUUUUAUCCCUGUACGUUCUUGACAGAUGCCUUUUGUCUACACAUUGGAAGGUGUAGCCUCUUUAUAUAUGAGUGUUUGGAGGGUGUAACAGAUAACUGUAUUGCUAUUUUCUUUCUUCGAUUUUUGAAGCUCCUCAAAGACUUCAGAGGAUGUACACAGAUUCUUGGCAGGACGUAGAAGUGUUAUUAUGAAUUGCUUCAUGGAUACUCAAAAUGAUGCUGUUUUAAAAGACAAAAAGAUGCAGACAAAGGAGUUGGACUUCUGUGCUUCAUCACUGAAAUCUUAGGGGCUUCAUAGGAUGGCUAUGUAGUGAAACAUGCAUUGGUGAUGAAGAGUUAACACCCACAAUAGAAAGCUAACAAUGUUACAGUAUUCCAUUAAGUUUCAUAGUCAGGUUAACAGGUACUGUAGCCAGUCCAACAAUUUUUAUUAGAUGCUCCAACAAUAACCAAAUGCUGAUAUUUUUUAGAAUAAAGUUUUGUUGCAUUGCAAUAACCAAAUCCUGUGAGUUCUCCGUAAGGGCAGUGUUGCAUUAGAUUUUUCUGUACUGCAGCUUUCUUCCAUGAUAUUUAUUAUGUACUGUUCUCAGACCUUUAAUCAUGCAUCUUUAUUUUAGUGCACCAAUUCUUGUAUUAUGUUAGGCAUUAAAUGCCAUUUUUAAAAGGUUUUGUAAAAGCUAGGAUUAAGAACAUUGUGCAGUGCACAGUGAAAUAUACGAAGGUAUGUUGUUCUAUGUAGCAUAAGGAUGUACAGUGUAAGCACUCUACGAAACGAAUAAGUGUGUGGCCUUUUGGUCAUAAAAUGUUACUAUCUAUUAACCAAACACUUUUAUUCCCAAGGCUAAAGGUUGGUACAAUGCAGGGUAUAACGCCUUGAUGCCAAGCCAAACUAAUUUUGCUUAUGUUAAGCAAUUUGUUUUCCUCUAUUUGUGACGUAACUUGGCACUUUUCUAUUGGUUUCACUUUAGCCCUCCUAGUGCCUCAAAGAAGCUUUCAACAGCAGAUUUCAUGGAUAUAUUAAAAGCUUCUCUUUGAAUCUGUAGCUGACUUUCCAAUGCUUUUGGUUUCAUUAAUGUGAUACUGUGUAACAGUGAUGGACUACUCAGUUUUGUUUGGUCUAAGUUUGCAAUUUAUUAAUGGAACUAAUUAUUUCUUUAGAUAGUAAAGACUGAUGGUUUUGAAAGAUCUUUAACCAUUAAUCCUAUAAAAUAUGUUUUGUUUGUUGAUAUUGCACACUGGUUUUGGACUCUGCCAGGAAAUUUUAUAAUUAUAUCUUCCGCAAUGAAAAAGGUCAUUUCAAGAGAUAGCUGUAUUACCUGUAUUUCCUCCUGUGUUACGUUAAUUUUCGAAUUCAAAAUAUCAUUUGUAUAAAAUGAUUGGUUGGUCCAGUUUUGCAGUUUUUCUAAUUUUUGUAAAGAAAGGUAAAACAAAAUCAGAUACCCACCCCCUUACGCUAGGAGGGUUAAAAGUCAUAGUUAAAAGUCAUUGAUAAAAGUCCGUGACUUUUGAAUCCAUGAUUUUUCUUUUACAAAUUUAACUUAUUUUCCUGACGUCAAUCUUUAGUGAAGUUUCCAUGAUGCAAAACAAAUGGUUCUGCAUUGUGACUUUUAUUUUGAUAUGAUUUAUAAACCAGAUCCUGUCAUCAGUAGGAAUUACUGGAGUGAAGAGUUGAAGCUCUAAUACUAAAAUGUAGAUGUAAACCUUUCUGAACUGAAUGGUUUUGAAAUGUGAUGACAAAUAGGCAAGUAGCUUUGUUUAAAUCCCAAUAUAAAUCAGAUGUAUUUUUUGAUAAUUCAACACUAUAAUGUAAUGGGAAUGUUUAGAAAAUGUAUGGAUAGCAUUAACAAAUUACAGUCUUUAGAAAAAUGCCCCUUAAUUACUGUUAAGUGAAAACAUAUUAUUGUAUCAUUUUACAGAUCACUUAGCAACCGUCUUAAUAAGAUCUACCCUGUAGAAGGGAACGUAAGCAGUCUGGUAUCAUUUCAGUUGUCCAACUGGCUUAAAAAGCUACUGUAAAGGCCUGCACAAUGGGGAGAAAUGCCCCAGAAAUAAGUGCAAUUUUCUUUUGAGACACAUGCACUUUCAUUAAAAACUUUAUAAUAAGGCUUAAAGAAAAGCUAUUGAAAAGUAGUUUCUUUAUUCCCAAUCUUUUAAAAUAAUUCUUAAGUUUUAAACCCAGGUUAGACCUGGUUGUCCUGUUUCAUAGUAGGCAAUUAUGAAAAAAGCAAUGCUUCCUUAUGAAUAUUACUAUAACAAGGUGAAGCAAAAGCCUUUGUGUACUGGGCCUUUGGUACAGUAUAUAAGUGUGCACUUAUGACUGUAAUAUUCAUAAUUCUUUAGUGAACAUCUGUUUUCCCCUUGUUUACUUACACAUAAAACAAAGUUGUAGGAGGGAAUGCUCAUUUUAUUGUGUAUUGGUACUGAAAAUUUUGUACGAGUUUAAAUAGUAAGCUGUUUUCUUAGUUAAAAUGUUCUCAUGCACCUUAUGCUGUAGUAAUAAUGAUAAUGGGAAAGUGUGUGAAGUUUAAGUGUGAUGAAAACUGCAGAGGCAAGCUAGCAGUCAUCUGCUCACAGGUUGAUACCAAAUUAUUUUCAAAAGGUACUUUUUAAAAAAUGUUUUUUUUUUAAUUCUGAUAGCUGCUUUUGUACAUGGUUCAGAAGAUAAUGCCUGUAUCUGAGCACUGUGGCAGUGUUCUGGGGAAUUUCUGCCUUUGAUUCUUUUGAAUCCCCUUUUGAUGGAGAAAGGAACAAGUUGUGCUUGAGUCUUGAUCACAGCUGGUAUCUGAGGCUGUCAGUAUGUUGGGGUGUGAUGAUUGGACUCUACAACACACCAGUCCUAUGGGAGUGGCCGCACUUUACUCUGUAGAGCAACAUCACCCUCUUCUGUUCCAUAAGCAGAGCUAAUCUAGUUCUCAAGUGUCAAAGGGAUGCUUAAUCUUUUUUGCAAUUUUAUGUUUUGUGUGAACAAAUGUAAAACAGUGGUGUGGAACCAGGGUUAGUUUCCUAUUUAAAAGGAAAAACAAGCAGAAAACAGACAAACUUCAGAAAAAAGCAAAUGCCCUGUGCUUUAUGCAUACUGGUUUCAGUCAAUGGCCAGGGUUUCUAAUCUGUACUUUUUCUUGGCUGGAGGUAAUGUCAUAUUUAUACCUUGUGUAAAGUGGAGUAUAUAAUAAGCUUCUAGAACCUUGAUUAUCUCAGAUUGGUACAUUAUAAAUAUGGACCAGAGCCUUUUUUUUUUCUUAAUAAUCAGUAGGGAGCCUUAAGCAUGGUGCUUGAGCAAGUGAACACCUCAUGUUUGUAUGGAAGGAUAAAAUGUCUAACUCCUGUAACACUUUAUGUAGUUGAACAGAAAGGUGAGAAAUUCACUUGCCGAUAAACAUUAGGUAUUGACAUCAUAAGACAUUUUUGCAAAAUUUUGUUUUCUCAGAUACAGCUUCACUUCCGUCCUUAUGCUGAAUGGCUGGUCUAAAGUAAAACAUCCACUACUUCUGUGAAUUCAGUGGUUUUGGCCAUGAAUGUCAACUAAGCAAGUUAGGAUGGAUAAAGCGAUGAGGUGUUUAACAGUUUGUUGUCCAGAAAUUCUUUUAAAGAGGAAAUUCCAUCUUAGAUUUCCGGAGCACCUUCUGAAAGGACAUUGUCAAAAAACACAUUAUUGGAAAAAGAACAGAAGAUAAUAUGUAUAAUGUCUAGAUCUUGGAACUUCAAAUCUCAGUCAGUGUUACAUUUUCUUGUUGUUGCUGUUGGGUUUUAUUUAAUUGUUUUAGAACAUUUAUUCAGUUUUAAUAUACUGUAAAAACCAAAGUACAGUUUCACAUUGGAGAUGUUGGGCCACAGAUAAAUGUCAACAAGUGAAGCCACUGGAAGCCUCUCCAUGUAACUCAAUAAAAAUGGGUGCUAGCGUAAUUGUGUUGUGACAACAUGUACUGUUAUCUAAACUGUAUUUCUGGGAGUAUAGAGAGGCACUGUAAUGAGAGUGAAGAAUAUUAUGGGUAACCCUUAAAUUAUUAAUAUAAAUUCAUGUAAAAAAAGUCAUGUAGCAUUCAAUUCUUAUAGAUGUAAUCAAAAAUCAAAUAUUUUAAACAGAUAUCAAAUAUAGAAAAUAUUAACACAAAUAUAGAUCAAAAAAGUAUUUCUGCAUAAAACCUGAGAUACUGCCAAAAGAAAAAUACCUUAUGGUGUUAUCAAGUAUGAUCUCCCAGAGCAUCGAUACAGUCCUGUAAAUACCGAUGAACAGCUCUGAUCAGGGUCUGGAUCGUCUGCUGUGUGAUUGCAUGCCACUCUUCCAGUACAGUUGCAGCCAGCUGGCGAAGGGUAGCCAGUGGUUGAAUGCUGCUGAUGGGACUGGCGAGCUGUUCCCACAGAUGUUCUGUUGGAUUCGGAUAAGGAAAAAUUCCUGGCCUCACCAUUGCUUUUUAAGUCAUGUAAUUCUAAUUCGAGCAUUGUGUAGUCUUGAAUUGUCCUGCUGGAAAAUCAAUAUUUCCACACUGGUAAAAUAGCAACAGGAAAACUUGGAUCUAAGGUUUUGUCGAGGUUUCGUUGUGCAGUUACAGGUUUGCUUCAGUCUGCGCCAAAAGUACUUAGUGUUAAGGAGUUUUGUUUCCAUCACACUUCCUCUGCCCCACCGAUAACAUUCACAACAAUGUCUCCAUCAUAUCAGAAGUGUUCACUCAUGCCCCAGGUAUCCAAGCCUAAUUUGUUUCUGAAAAUCUGUUUCGGAAGUUGGGAGAUUGUAAAUUGAAAAUAAAAAUUCCAUCAUUUCUUAAGGGGAAAAUUUCACCCCAUUCCAAACCAAAGACAAGUUCACUCAAAAACUACCUUAAACAUAAUAUAUCAUACAGACCAUUAUAGCAAGCUUAGUGGACAACACAGUUCUACUCAAAUAAGCCAACUAUAGAUGUAAAAUAAUUAUUGAGACAUAUUUACGUUUCAUUCCUUCAUAAUUGAUCGGAUUAGCAAAAAUCCAUGUACUAUUGUUCUUAUACCGGGGUAUGAGUGUAUUUAUUAGUGAAUAAAACACUUCAUAACUCACUGCCUCUCUCACAGUUGCUUUUACUGGUGGAAAAUAGUGAUUUCAACUCUGAGCCUUUACUGUUACCCCAGAAUUUCAAGGAGACCACAUUAUUAUUUUAUCCAGUAAUUCCUUGCAGUCUAUAGCCACUACAGUCUAACAACGAUUACAGCGACAAGACAGUCGUUGAAGGUAAAGUGGUGAUCCUUUACCUUCCAAGACAUAGCCUGUCUCCAGGAAUAUAAUUCCUGAUUUCUGUGAACUUGUUUGUUGAUUAUUCAAGCAAAACUUCUCAUUCUCUGGGCAAAUAGCCCACUUACAUCAUGCAGUAGCAAAUGGGUCAUCUUCGUUACAAAAGUGGGGUAGAGUUAUAUCAUUCAAAGUUUUCCUAGCAAUUGUAUUGUUAAUAAUUUACAUUUGCAGUCUGCAACGGUAUAUAAUGUUUAUCUUCUAAUUGUGUAACCUAAAUCAGGCAUAUAAACAAAAAUGAUAUUCUAAGAUUACUAACAACAGUGACUUGUUUUAAGUUAAAUUUUUCAUAUUCUUGUCGCAACAAGAGAAAGACAGAAUGUUUCAUCUAAGAAGUGUUCAUCUAAGAAGAGUUUAAUUCCUCUUCUAAACUGACUGUCUUAACAUAAGCUUAAACCAGACUUAGGUUUAUUAAAUGGUUUUGGUUUCUGUCUGUCCCCAAGUGCACUUUAGUAUAUAUUAAAUGACCUCAAGCUUUUAUUUUUAAAACUAGUAUUUCAGCAAAAGGUGUAAUGGAAUGGCUGUAUUGCUUUAGAUAGAGCCAAGAAUUCAGACAUGAGGUGAAGAGACAUUCAAGAAUAUUCAGUGGAAGAUAUUAGUCAAAAAAUGCCAGAUUUUUUUAUUUUUCAUUUUUGCAUUUUUCAUUAUAUGUUACAUGUGCAUUCUGCAAUUAGCAAAAGUAGUCCUGUUCACUUUUUGUCUUAAGAAUAAUGACUAGCAAUUACAUCCGUUAUUGACAAGAUAUAGCUCUGAUUUAGUGUAGCAGGAGCAGCAGAACACUGAUCAUUUUGAUUGGAUAUGUUUAUAGAUAUAUAUGUAGAUAUAUCCACAUGUAGCUCAUAUGUAGAUAAUCUCUACUUCAACAAGCAGUACAGAUGCCAUUAAAUUCCUACAAAUCUGUAACAUAUUAAGAUGUUAGUAUACAUAUAUAAUUUUUCUUAAAAUGAGGAGUUAAAGAUGCACUUGACAUUUGCUUCCUGUGCACUCUAAGGUGUUUUUUAAACUAAAGGCUAAUUUUUGUUUUUUCUGCCUUAGAAGCUCCUGGUUCCUUGUGCAUCUGUCACAGUCAUAAAUCACUAAAAAGGGGUGUGGGCAAACAUUAAGCUGCUAGAAAAUUUUAUUUGGCAUUUGUAAUUUAAAAGUUUUUAAUGUACUUUUUUAAUUUGAAAAUUAAUUUAAUUUGAAACCAAAUUAGUUAAAUCUCAUUUAUUUAAAAAAUAGUUUGUUUCUUAUUUCCCAAGAAAGAUUACCUUUGAGGACUGGCAGCUUUGAAAUAAGAUGUGACCCUUUUCUCUGGUUUUAAAUUGGAAUUAAAAGUAAAGUCUAGAGACAUUUGUGGGUAUGUGCAAGUAUAUUUGCUUGUGCAAAAAUAAAGAAAUAUCAUUUUGUUUUGCUCAAGAGAAAUACAGUAUUUUGUGCCUAAAUCUGUUAGGAGUUUACAUGGGAUGUUGUUAGCAUUGACUUGUGAUGUUUCUUUUUUCCAAUGAUGUUUGGAUUUUUACUUUGUUUUAUUUGCUGCUAGUUGGGAAUUUCACCCUGUGUGAGUGACUUCUGUGGCCUUUGAACCCAGACCAAAAGGAUUUUUUUUUUGCUUUAACAACCAGUUUGAGGAAGAGAGUCUUUAACAUUGUGUUUCUGCCCCAGAAUUAAGCUACCAUGUACAUAAAAGGGUUCUGACAUUCAUUUUUAUAGACAAAUAAUGCAUAAAUGAUAAGCUAGAUGACAAAACGUUGAACUGGAUGAAUCCACUCACUACACUGUUUUUUGUUUUAACUUGCAGUCAUGUGACUGCCAGGCCUGUGAAUUCCAAAGGAAAAUAAUCUGUAAGUCUAACAGUUGUCUUGAGAUGAGGCUAGCAUUUUAAAAGUUAAAUAUAUCUUACAUCUUUCAUAAUGAGAAGGAUCAGGUUUACUCAAUAUUGUUGUUGUUUUAUGGUCAUGUAGACUACAGCACUACUGACUUUUAAUAAACUUUAAGCCAGUAUUUUUUUAGACAGAGGGGUUUCAAUAAUAACUUCAAUUCCUGCCCUCACUCUCCCUAAAUUACAUAGCAAGUCAUAUAUAUAUGUCAGUCCUCUGUAUGCCGAUUCUAUAUUUUACUAUGUAAACACAAUGUCUUAGCUAACUCCCGUGUACAUAGACUACAUGUAGACCGUAGCUGUUGUGGUUAUAUAAACGGAAAAUAAAAACAAUACAAGGACGAUUGUCUAGAGGUGCUAAUACUAUUAGUCUAUAUUCUAUGUCAUUUAUUGUAUUGCCUAGUGUAUAGUGUCUGUAACACAGGAAAGAGCGAAAAGAUUUCUUUCAAUAUUAAACAAUAUAGAUAUAUAUUAUUCCAAA